AUGCGAUUGAAUCGCGGCCCGUCCCGACCCCCGACAGUGAGGGCAGAGUCGGGCUGUAAGCCAGAAACACUAUGGAAACUGAACAAGAGAAUAAACAUAGAACUGAAAGAAACAGCCACCAUGACACACACCCGCCACCCACCCACCCAACCCCAGCCAGCCACACACCCAACCCCAGCCUUGCCACCCACCCAACCCACCAACCCAGCCACCCAGCCCUGCCACCAACCCACCCAGCCACCCACCCAACCCUGCCACCCACCAUCACCCCAACCCACCCACCCAGCCACCCACCCAACCCUGCCACCCACCAACCCCACCCAGCCAGCCACCCACCCAACCCCAGCCAGCCACACACCCACCCAGCCUUGCCACCCACCCAACCCAGCCACCCAGCCCUGCCACCAACCCAGCCACCCACCCAACCCUGCCACCCACCAUCACCCCAACCCUGCCACCCACCAUCACCCCCAGCCAGCCAGCCACCCACCCAACCCACCCAGCCACCCAGCUCUGCCACCAACCCACCCAGCCACCCACCAUCACCCCAACCCACCCAGCCACCCAGCCCUGCCACCGACCCAACCCACCCAGCCCUGCCACCCACCCACCCACCCAGCCCUGCCAUAG